AUGAUGUCAACUCCCUCAUUGGGCAGAGUCAUUGAUACCUCCUGUGAAAUCAUCUUGACCUCAGAGGAGAUGAGUUCUCAGUAUAUCAUCAUGUCAUCCCAUUUGGGUGAGCACAGGAAAAUAAGGUGUCUGGCUCACAGACCACUAAUGUCCCAUUCAGCAUCUGCUAUCACAGAGACAUUACUUUCCAUGGAACGCUAUGCAGCAUCUUCUGAAUGCUAUGAGAGACUGGCAUCCAGAGACAUGAUCAUGGGAAUUUUUUUCCUGUCCCAGACUGUGCUGGGAGUGGUGGGGAACUCAGCUCUGCUUUGCUGUUUUAUCAUCACUGACUUUAAUGGGAUCAGGACAAAGCCCACAGACAGAAUUGUCAAACACCUGACCUGGGCCAAUAUCAUGGUUGUACUCUGCAAAGGAAUCCCUCAGACAAUGACUGCUUUUGGUCACACAUGUUAUCUAGAUGACAUUACAUGUAAACUUGUCUUUUAUUUGCAUAGAGUUUCCAGGGGAUUUUCUCUUGGUUCCACAUGCCUGUUGAGUGUCUUUCAGGCUAUCACUAUAAGUCCCAUCAAUUUCAAGUAUGUACAUUUCAAGGCCAGAAUCCCCAAAAUCAUUGGUCCUUCCUUGGUCCUGUGCUGGUCCCUGUGUCUACUUGUACAUAUCUUCAUGAUCAUGACAGUGACUGACAUGAGAAAUGAAGGAAAUCUUACUGAAUUUAGACAAUUAUUGUACUGUACAGCAGUAAUUCCUUUCAAACAUGUUUACACAGUAUAUGUGAUCAUAUUGGCCUCCAGUGAUGUCAUAUGUUUGGGUCUCAUGAUGUGGACAAGUGGCCACAUGGUGUUGUUCUUAUUUAAGCAUAAGCAGAGAGUCCAGUAUAUUCACAGAUCCUUGGCUACUAAAUCAUUUCAUGAGACGAAAGCCACACAAAGUAUUGUUAUCCUAGUGAGCAGUUUUGUAGCUCUUUAUGGAACUUCUUUCAUCUUAAUGAUGUAUCUUUCUUUCCAGAGUGAAACAGGUACAUGUCUGGUCAAUGUCAAUGUGGCCAUGAGUGCAUGCUUCCCAGUACUCUGCCCCUUUCUGCUCACCAGAAACUUUCUUAGGGUUUUUAAGCUCUGCAGUACUUAG